AAAACUUCUACCUUAAAAAUGCCAGCUUUCUAGAUCUUGUCCACGUUUUCUUAUAAAACCAACCAAAGUGAGAACAGGGAGUCCUAAAUCUGCUUCUAAAUCGUUUUGUUAUGGGUGAAGCAGAUAAAAGGGCGGAAGAGGUUUUUUGUUAAAUACGUAACUUUACAAACGCUAACGGCAGCUGAUUUGAACGCAAACGCGCCAGACUUAAUUAUAAUUCAGAGUCACAUCACGGAGUAAAACUUCAGUGUGUUGACAAGCAAACUAGCGCUUUUAUUAACGAGCGCAAGACAGGUAUAAGAAAAAAUGUUCCGUAGUUAAGGAACUACCACGGUCUUCCAUCGGUUCUUUAUCGAAAGUUAUCUUCGUUUCUCUAGCUAUUUCGAUUUGAGUAAAGUCACUCAAGAAACACUAAAUGGAAACCUGGUUCUGGAUUCUUGGCUGGUCUCUUUCCAUCCUGACCAUAACUGGAAACGGAUUUAUUAUCUACCUUGUUUGCAGCAGAUGGCGGCUUAGAACCAAAACAAACGCGUUUAUAGUUUCACUUGCAGUGGCGGAUUUCUGUGUUGGGUUGACUACUGUUCCCUCACUUUUUGUCUGCGAGAAGACAACGAGAUGCGAUCCUGAAGCCCUUUUUGCAGACGGGAUGGAUUUUCUGAGAUGGCUGUUUGUGUACGCGUCUGCAACAAACUUAUGUAGUUUAGUCCUGGAUCGCUACAUUGCCGUUGUGAAGCCUCUCAGAUACUUAUUGUUUAUGACGCGCAAACGUGUAUCUCAGAUGAUUUUUAUUUCUUGGACACUCUCAAUUCUUGUUAUUUUUUUCGAUGUUGUAAUAUGGCUCCUUUCUAAAGACAAGCGCUCUCUGUUUUUAAUUUCUUCUUGGAUAAUCGUGAUUUUCUUGGAGUUCCUGCCGUGCUGUAGUCUUAUCUUUUGCUUUGGUACAAUGUUACACAUUGUUUAUAAGCACCAAAGAGCCGCCCGCAUGCUAACAAAGCAACUCCGCUUUAAUCAAAGAUUUUUGUCCAGAAGUGGGGAGAAGUCUGCUGCGAAAGUGAUGGGAAUUGUUAUAUGCCUAUUUACGUUAACUUACACAUUUUCUUUACGAUGUAGUCUUGCACAUAUCCUGCAGAGCAAACAAACAUGUAAUGAUAAAGAAUAUAAAAUACCUCUCCUCGUUUUAAACUCUGCAGUCAACCCGGUUGCUUACGCUUUCUUCAAGAGGGACUUAAAAGAGCAGGUGGAACGAUGCAUUUGCUGUGUCUUCUGGAAGAAGAGAAACAACAUUGAACCACUUAAUGACUUACGAUUUUUUCCUAAUAGUUGCGAUCGUAAUGUCAGACGCACAUCUCGUAUAGAAUAAAGUAAUCGUAUAGUAGAAAGUAAUCUUAGCACAACCGGAUUUGACAAAUUUUGAUAAUAGUAUGUUUCGGUUGAAAUUCAAAAUAAAGCAUUUCAUGCUACUCAAAAUAAAUUUCCAUA